GAGGGAAACCUUAUCAUUGAUACGGUUGGUGUGUUGUUGGGAAUUAUGAAGAAGCAAAUCGUGUGUGGAGUUUCUACAAACAUGAUAAGUGCAAGAAUGUCAAUGAGAAGCAGCACCAUCGCAUUCUUUUCCUUUCCAAUAAUAAAAAAUUGCUCCGAUGAUUCAAACUCAAACCGUGGUGGUGGUGGUUUCGGAGAUACUAACAGGAGUAGGAGGAGGAUUAACAAGGUUGAUGGAAAAUCUAGAAACAAUUCCUUGGAUGUUGAUUUUGAGGAACGACUAAAGGCAGUUAGAAGGUCAGCACUAGAGCAAAAGAAGGUAGAAGAGAAAAAGGAAUUUGGAGCAAUUGACUAUGAUGCACCUAUUUCUUCGGAUAAGAAGACAAUUGGGUUUGGUACCAAGGUUGGAAUAGGUGUAGCUGUUGCAGUCUUUGGUCUUGUUUUUGCUUUGGGAGAUUUUCUUCCGUCAGGAAGUCCCAACGAAGACAGUGCUUUGGUCAAUGAUAAAUUGUCAGAGAAGGAUAAAGCUAUUCUUCAGAGUAGACUUAAGGAAUUUGAAGCGACAUUAAGCAACUCCCCAAGAGAUCCAACAGCUCUCGAAGGAGCUGCUGUAACUUUGGCAGAACUAGGGGAAUAUGCAAGAGCUGCUUCUCUACUUGAUGAUUUGACAAAGGAAAAACCAAAUGAUGCUGAUGCUUUUCGUUUGCUUGGAGAAGUUAAGUAUGAACUCAAAGAUUAUGCAGGGAGUGUUGCUGCGUAUAAAAAUUCAGCAAAGGUAUCUGAAGAUAUCAAUUUUGAAGUUCUGCGUGGCCUUAUCAAUUCAUUACUUGCUGCCGAGAAGCCAGAUGAGGCUGUUCAAUUACUUGUGGCCUGUCGUGAGCGUCUGAGUUCAGAAGACUUCAGGAAAAAAUCUGAUAGCAGACCAACAGACUCACAGAAGCUCGAUCCAGUUCAAGUGGAAUUACUUCUCGGAAAGGCUUAUUCAGACUGGGGCCACGUCAGUGAUGCUAUAGCUGUUUACGAUCAGCUCAUAUCUACUCACCCUGAUGACUUCCGUGGAUACUUGGCUAAGCAGGGAAUCAUUCUAAAAGAAAACAAAAGAAUUGGAGAAGCAGAGAGGAUGUUCAUACAAGCUAGGUUCUUUGCACCUGAUAAAGCUAAAGCACUCGUGGACCGUUAUUCAAGAUCGUAGCUUUUAUUGAUAUUGAUUAUGAUGGUUAUGUUUUGUAUAAUAGAAACGUCUUUAACUAGGUGCAGGUAAUAUAUAUUGCAGAUUCAUGGUAAAGUGUAAGACAGUAUUUCCAUUUAUUUUAAGAAACGGCUAGGGUUUUGACAUUACUAGAUA